AUGUUCGGUACUAGAGCGACGUUCCGUGCAGGAUACGGAGCAGGAGCAGCGAUACGAGCGAAGAGGUUCAUCCAUCCCGUCCGGCGAGCGUUCAUCAACUAUGGGCAUUACAGCACCCCGCGCUGGGUGAUCGGCAUUCAAGGACUCAUCAUCGGCUUUAUAGCGCAUGAAUAUCUUGAAUGGAGGGCGGAUGGCACUCCCAAAAUCACCUAUGCGAACAGAUCGCAGAUGCUGGCGGCAGCGAAAGAGAUCUCGGAUAUCCUGGGAGAAGACGCUGUAAGCUUCGAUGAGGAUGUGAUCGAACACCAUGGUCGCUCAGAUUGGAGCACUUCGAAUACCAGUGAACGUCCCGUCGCGGUCGUAUAUCCGAAGUUCACCGGAGAAGUCGCUGCUGUCGCGCGAAUCUGUAAUAAGCACAAUGUGCCUAUGGUACCUUUCGGCGCAGGCAGUUCUAUAGAGGGCAACUUUAGCUCGCCACACUCUGGCAUUUGUGUCGACUUCACUCAUAUGGAUCAUAUCAUUCGAUUUCGCCCAGAAGACAUGGAUGUCACGCUGCAGCCGGGCGUGAAUUGGGUUGAUCUGAAUAACAAGAUUGCAAAUGCUGGUCUUUUUCUCCCACUUGAUCCUUCCCCGACGGCACAAAUUGGAGGAAUGGUCGCGACUAACUGUUCAGGCACGAACGCGAUGAGAUAUGGUACUAUGAAGGAUUGGGUGAUCAACCUGACUGUCGUGCUUGCUGAUGGACGCAUCAUCAAAACCAGGAGAAGACCCAGGAAGAACUCUGCUGGAUACAACCUUACGUCUCUCUUCGUCGGGGCCGAGGGCACACUUGGAAUGGUCACAGAAGUGACCCUGAAGCUCGCGCCGAUUCCUCAAGACACCAGUGUUGCGGUCGUCAGCUUUCCUUCCAUCCGAGAUGCUGCGUUAGCUGCAUCCGCCAUCAUCCGAUCUGGGACUCAGCUUGCAGCCUUAGAGAUCAUGGACGAAUUGCAGAUGCAGAUUGUCAAUAAAUAUGGCAGCGAGGCAGUGCGAAGGCGCAAGUGGCAAGAAGAACCAACCCUUUUCCUGAAGUUCAGUGGGACUACAGAUGCCAUCAAGAGCGACAUCUCUCGGGUGCGCACCUUGAUCAAGCCGCACAAUGCUAGAGAUUUUAUCUUCGCCAAGUCCAAACAGGACGAGUACGAUCUUUGGGCUGCUCGCAAGGAGGCAUUGUUCAUGAUGGUCAGCAAUAAGCCUGAGGGCACCGAAAUUUGGUCAACAGAUGUUGCUGUCCCCCUGUCACGGCUUGCGGAAAUCAUUGAACUCUCCAAACAGGAUUGCAGCAGACUUGGCCUAUUUGCAAGCGUCCUCGGUCAUGUAGGUGAUGGAAACUUCCACGCGGCUAUGUUCUACGAUCCAAAGGAUCCUUCUCAAAAGGCUGCUGUCUCAAAGGUCGUCCAUGAUAUGAUGCAUCGAGCCCUUAAGAUGGAAGGUACCGUGUCUGGCGAGCAUGCGAUAGGCAUCGGCAAGAAGGAUGGUCUUGUGGACGAGCUUGGUGUCGCAACCAUCGAUGUGAUGCGAGCGCUCAAGAGAUCAGUGGAUCCGAAGCAAGUAGCACAUUUUCGCAAUUGA